UCAGCGCGACACUCGACAGCGUCAACAGCGCGUCCUUCGUAAUGGCAGGAUAGCCCGCGACGACGAACCAGUUUUUAUCACACACCGAGUCACACACACACACACUUGUUGCACACCCCCGCACACACACGCACUAGCCUAGGCUACGCACGCACGCACACAGUAGUUUUCCCGAUCACAGCCGUUGGCAGUUGGCGGUAGAUCUAGCGGCAACAAGUUUACAACACACAUCCGUUGACACAGAGGAGAGAUAGAGUCUAGAUCUAGAUUCUAGAUCUCGAGGUGUGUUCUUGCUUUUCUUUCCAUGUGUUGUCUCCCGGAUUAUUCUGGUGUAUAGAUCUCUAGAGCUUCUCGGAACAAAGUGUGCUGAUAGAUGAUAGAGGAUUCUAAUUCACUUCCGAUAGUUGGAUCUUUAUUCGGUGUGUGCUUCUUGUCAAAACUGAAUGUGUUGUAAAUUAGAUAAGAAGUCGUUCCCUCCGAAUUUUGGGUGACCCCUUUCUGCGUGGUUUACGACAGUCGACAGGAUAUUAUUAUAACAGGCUAGGACGGGUGACUAAAUUCAAUGACAUGCGUAAUCUUCCUACUUCCUGACCCCUGUUCGCUCAGACAAACUCAAACACUUCGAGUUAGAUCUACUUCGACUAAGUUAGACCUUGAUCAAACCCUUAGGCGACAAUUGUAAACUGACUUUCGUUACGUUGAGAGGAAAGGAAAAGUUGUAGAUAGUAUCUAAUUUGCAUAGAUCUACAUAAGACUAAAAGUCACAGAGGAUAAGUUACGCCGUUUUGUACUUGGAUUUAAAAAAAAAAAAGCUAUUACAAGAUUACAGAUCAGACCACAACGACUCUGGGAACAAGUUGAGCCACUUUGAAGAAUGCACAGAGGGUUGCUUCCCCUUAAUCAUGGACCUAGGCUACGAUAAACGAGGUUCUGUGCGAUUUCUGUGGGGAAUCUGUCUCGUUCUUUCGUGGACCGCUGUCUCUUUGGGACCGAGCAGGGAGGCGGACAUCCUGGCAGAGAUCUGCGACGGGGCGCCUGACGAGUACGAGAGUAGCGGGAGAGAGAUGUUCGUGGUGUACCAACGGGGCGACGUGGAGGGCACGCGGUCCUUCACCCUGAAGUACUCUUCCAAAGAAGUACUCACCAAGGAGAAGAUCAUCCGCAUCGCAGGCGGUGUGGGCGGAGUCCUGGCCGCUGUGGGUCUCACCUAUGUGGUCUUUCGGGCAACUCGCUGCUGCGCGUGCCUCAGAAGUAAGAGGGGAGGCAGCGAGCCGAACUUGUCGGAGAGCCAUCAAGAGUCGACUCGGCUCACCGUCGUUGGCGUACCGUCCCCCGAAACGGAGACAGACGUCGCAGCCAGCAACAACAACAACAACAACAGCAACAACGGCAGGUCGGGCGCUGCUGCGGUGAGGACCGAAAAUAACGGGGCGGGCGCUUCGGGGUCCGGUCAGGGCAGCGAUUCCGAUUCGUUACACGAAAUGAACGAGCCACCGCCCUCGUACGAAUCUCUCUACUUAACGGAGCAAGGCAUCACUCCUCCGGAAUAUACCCCUCCCCAACAUCAGGAGAGGCAUCCACCGAGGAGGGUUCACACUUUCAACUGACGUGUUCCGUGCUGCGUCUUCCGUCUGCCGUGUUCCAUGUUCUGGGUUUUUUUUGUUUUGUUUUUGUAAAGUGUUUUACGGCGCUCGCAACUGCAUAAGGUCAUAU